AUGGGUAAAUUGAUCUGGCAUCAAUGGGGGAGAUUACUCGCUAUCACUUCUGCUGUAUCCUCUUUCUGGGCUUAUUUGUAUAGAAAAUUCUUCUGGGACAUGAUCGGUGGUACCCUCGGACCAGCAGGAUUGAUACCAGGUAAAAAUACCCAACCACUAGUCAACCUAGUAGUUGUCAUUCCUUUACUACAAACAUUCACCCUGGUACUUGCUCUAUUGGCUUUGGCUUUGGAAAUGCCAUUACCUCUGGUUCUAAAUACCUCUAUACAUCGCUCGAUUAUGUUACGAAUAGUACUGUACUUCCUAGCUGGAUUUACAGGUAUAAUGGUAUACCAAACAGUCGACUGUGCAAUUUACUUUAUAAUUACCUCUGGUGUUUAUGCUGUUGCCCUGUCAAAGGGAGAGAAGAUCACUGCGAUAGGAGAGGGAAGGAUCGUGGUUGUAUGA